UAAUGUUUGAAAACAUUCUUCCGCUGGUUGGGAAACAGUGCGAAGGCUGAGAGCUGGUAUCGAACAGGGGACUGAGCCGAGCUUGUGAACCCCGCUGCCCAUCGGGGAAAGAUUGAAUCAAACCCCGUCUAAGGAAAGUGGCUACAAGCUGAAUGCGGGAGGUGACCAAGUGCGAGAUGCCAGGAGUGCUACCCCCACUGUUUUUGCUCUCGCUGUCCUGUUUGCUGAUUUCCCGGACUGAGGGCUUUAACUGCUGUGCCUUGUCAGUGACUCUCCCGCCUCCAAAUCACUUGACUGUGACAUUGAAGGGGAUCGGUUUCAUUAAUUCCACCUGGGCCUGGAAACCACCAAGCGACCUUGAAAAUUUCACCAACCUUUCUGUCAGAUUUGACAGCUCAUUUAAGUAUGAUGAUGCUGAGUGGAAGGAAAGAAAAAUAAAUCCGUGUUUGACUCGUGAGGAUAAGGUGGUUCUUAACCAAGGCAUCACUUUCAAAGUGAAGGCAUUAGUAACAACUGGGAGCUGUGCUUGUGGAGAAAGCAACUGGACUGAGAUGUAUAUUCCUCCAGCAGAAGGUGAUGUAGGUACUGCUGUCAGAAACAUCAAAUGUAUUUACUACAACUUUGAACACAUAAAUUGCACUUGGGACAUUGGAAGUAAAGCACCAUCUGACACAGUCUACAACUUCAAUUACUGGCAAGAUGGAAAGGACAUCAUACAGAACUGUACCAGUUACAUAUCAAAAGAUGGCAGGUUGGAUGCUGGCUGCCAUCUUGAACGUGAUCAAUUCGAUGAUCAAACGGACUUGAAUAUUUGUGUCACAGGAGUAAGUGCUAGUGCGAAGAUAAAGCCAUUCUUCUACAACCUCGAAACAGCAAAUUUCGUAAAACUGUCUCCUCCUUGGGGAAUAAACAUUUCAAAGACUGGCAAAGCAUUUGACAUUAACUGGGGUCUACCAGCCCAUUGGAACCUAAAGUGUGUGAACUAUCAGAUAAGAAGGAGGAGCAGCAUAAGCAGCAACUGGCUAGUCCAAAAUUGCGAGAACCCAAAUGCGAAGAUUACUGAUGCAAAUCCAAAUGUCAAGAACAUAAUUCAAGUGCGAGCCAAAUACACCAUUUGCGGAGACAAUGCAAUUUGGAGUGAGUGGAGUGAAGGAACAUACUUUGGGGAAGACAUUGGGCGAGGCUGGAAUUGGAAAAUUGCUUUGCUUAUCAUUAUCCCAAUCCUGGUGGCAGCAGCUGCAAUCACACUCCUCACUUACUUGAAACAGCUUCAGAUAUUGAUCCUUCCACCAAUCCCUGAUCCGGGGAAGCUUUUUAAAGGCAUGUUUGGAGACUCGAAUGGAGACUAUUCGAUGUGGAACAAACAACCCAAGGGAAGCUUGAUAUACAAAGCAGAAGAAGAAAUAACUUGCCAAGUGACAACUGUAGAGCAAUUAAAGCAUCCUGCAGAAGGAGAAGAGAAACUGGAUGAGAAUGAGAGACUAGAGGAAACUCUCAUUACAUUUGUGGAUCAGAUCCAUGUGAAAGAUGAUAACCUGCAUUAUGACUUGGUGAGGUCAUGAAUGGAGCAUUUUCCAGUGUUACCUUCUUAUAUUGAUGAAGCUAUGUGACUAUUCUGACAUGCAAAUAGGAAAUUCUCAUUCCCACAAGUUCAUUCUCAACUGAUCAUGACAGCGCCUGUUCGUGGAUUCCAGGAAUGGACGGUUGAGCUGGCAGGUUUUGGUAUUUACCAACAGUUCCUCAUCCUGACCACUCCAAUUAAACAUGGUGACACAUAACACAGAUCACUGCAGGUCCAGUUCUCAGCCAACUUUUCUUCUGUUCAUCAAACCGUACAGUUGGCUCUCAGACAGUGAAUUGCUGUUAGUUAACAGUUCUUGUUUGUCAGCCUGUGGCAGUGAGCUGUUAGGAGUUUUCCAUUAUGUUAUUGGCUGCGUGAUAGACACAUCAUGGGCAUGUGAGAAGAACGGGCAGUCGAGUUUAAACUAUCAACUUCAAGAUUGGCCAGGUCUGUCAAACAGCAGUACUUUCACCUGUAGUACAAGAUUUUCAAGGUGUAUUAUCUCACCUACCAUUAACUACCAUUUACUGUCACUCACUCCUAAGAUUGCAGAGGUUCAUGGAUCAGAAAUCAACAGUUGACAUAAACACACAGCAGACACAUACAUGCACACACAUACAUAGACAGCAGACACACACGCACAUGCAAACAACAGUCGCACAUACAGCAGACAUGCAUAUAGCAGACAAAUACACGCCCACACACAUAUAUAAAGCAGACACACACAUACAUAGAGCAGACACAUGCACACACAUACAUGCAGCCAACACGCACACCACAGACAAAAACAUACAGCAGGCACACAUAAACAUACACAUACAGCAAACACACACUGCAGCAAAAGCAUACAGCAGACACAUGCAUACAUAACAAAACUCACAUGGCACACACACGCAGACACACUCGCAUAUCAGACACACACAUCCACAUGUCAAUGCACACACACACACACAUGCAGAUGCACAAUCUGACGGUAGAUAGACACAAUUUGGGAUUUUCAAAUCUCCUUGAACAGAGUUGACUGAUGGAGACUAACAGUGUACAUUUGUGUUCCUUCUAACGCAUUAAUUUAACUAAACUUCUGAGCUGUGCUGUAAGUCAGAAUUGUUUUUUAAGAGUGGUUUGGAUGAAAAUUUGCCAGAAUGAAAAAGCUACUUCGCAAUAUCCAGUUUUCAAAUAAAAAUUUGACAAGUAGAAAGAUCAAUACUCCAGGAAUCUAACAAUUCAAAUAAAGAAAAUGUGAGACAUAGUGUUGUCAGACCAAAGCACAAUUCACUAAGCUCAAGCCCCAGUAAUGUACCAUUUAUCUAUUGAUAACUUUGCUACGAUUCACUGCAAUAUCCCAGUGAACACUUAUACUCUUUUGAGUACCAAUUUAACAUAUUAAGCAAUUUUUUAAAAAGCCAAUUAGACAAGUUGGUAGCCCCUUAAAGGGGGCUGUAAUGAAAAUAGAAUUUUAAAGGAACCUUACAUGUUGUUUUGGGGGCUAAUGAUGCACUCCAGCACCCAUGGUGCUCCCCGGUCAUGGAAGGCCUCAAGCAUAGCAGCGGACACCCCGUGCUACCUCUCCAGGGACAUCCAACCAUGAACAUAGCUGCGGAAGAGGGGCAGACAGUUGGGGUGGAUGACUGCCCGCAGCCUGAACCUGUUACUGCCCACCUUGGCCAGGAGUAAAAACUUAUAAACACAAACCCAACUAAUUGGUUUACACUGAUUGAAUUUGGGGAAUCUGCUGUAGCACUGGAAAAAAAAAACACCAGUUGUUUCUACAUUUCUAUUGAAUGCCCAAAUGGAGCAAUGAAAAAUAGAUCAGAAUUUCACUGGGUAGAAGUGGAGAGCGGAGGGAGGGUUGUUUAAAAAACCCUGAACAUCCCUCCGGCUCAAUCUAAUUGAAGUAUUCUAUAGCUCUACCUAGCGAACCAGGCCUCCUCCAAUGUGACAAAAACAAAAUACUGUGGAUGCUGGAAAUAUGAAAUAACAACAAAAAAUGCUGGAAAUACUCAGCCAGUCAGGGAGCAUCGGUGGAGAGAAACAGAGUUAACCUUUUGAGGUCAAGAUGACCCUUCAAUGUACGCUGCUCCCAAGUGUACCUGUGUACUUUAGCAUUCACUUUUGAAAGGCAAAUGUAAUUCUCUAUGCAUGCUUUCAUUAGCUUUGUGUGCUGUAGAUUGCAAUUAUACUAUUAGGAGGAACCACACCUGGAUUCACCAGGUGGGUUCAUGCUGGGCCUGUUUUCCUUUGGGCACAUGAUGCUGCAAAACAGCCCACUAUCCAGUGAACCUCCUGUUGAUUUCAGAUCAACUGGCCUUUGUGUCUGAAUAGCCUUGCUGCUGUUAAGGAGAAAUGUUUACUGUAUUUAUUGUGCAAGUUUUUAUCACCAGCCAAAUCUUUAAUAAAAAUUUUAUUCCGA